CGUAGAGAAACGAUGAUGAUGAUAGACAUGGUGGUGUUGGUUCGGGCUGAUUGUGAGAGAGAUUCUGUCUGUUUUUCCUAGCGACCACAGGGAGUUGAGACAACCUUGCGUGUACCAGAAUGGUGUAUAAGGAAUAUCGGUGUCAAACGACAGAACCUACGUUGAGCUGAGAACCAUAACCGGCGGUAUACUGUCGUACGCAAGCCGAAAACACAGAAGACAGUUCGUCCAAGAUGGCGCUGGUUCACCGAGUACUGUUUACAUGGCUCAUGACGCUGUUUUUCCUCAUCCUUCUCGUUCUAAGACUUGACGGGGGAACGAUCUGGAACUGGUUCAUCAUCUUCGUGCCCCUGUGGGCCUUCGACGCCAUCAUCCUCGCCAUGCUAGCCAUACGGAUGAUCAGACACUGCCGGAACGGCUACGAUAGCGACGAUGUUACCAUGAAGAAGAAACUGUGGUAUCUGCUGGUGAUGAUGCUGAAACUCGGCUUCCAGAUGACGCUGUGCCUGAAGCUGCAGUACUUCCGCACGAUCCCCUUCUACCUGGCCUUCCUGCCGCUCUGGGGCUUCCUACUCUGCGUGGCAGGCGACAUCUUCAGAAGUUUCCUACUGCGUUUGAGAAAUGACUAAACUAUAUGGACUCUGAAAAGACUGUAUACGUAUGAAUAUUAGUUAUAACAAAUUAUGUACAUUGAAUCUCUUAUAGAUGUUAUAAAAUUAGAUGAUGCAACACUAUGUACAGUAUGUGGAUUUUUUCGGUAUGCCUUCAACACAAGUUAGUUUGAUUUCUGACAUACCUUGUACAUAAACAUUUAAAGUGUACCACAAUUCAAGGUGUAACAUUUAAUCUUUUGAUGUCAUAAUGAGACUGAACUCGUUGAAGCACAGUUUAACCAUUUCCAUGCUGACUAAUGCUAACUAAUGCUGUAAGGAAUAGAAAAACGAACCAAUGAUGAGCCUUCAGCAGGAAAAAGGUCAUACGAGGCUGUCAUCUGUAUAAUUU